AUGGCUGGUCCUCCCCCGAAGCGACGGCGCUACAUGCCCGAGGAAGGCCUUCCGACCCUCACGGAGACCCAGGGCCUCGUGGGUGCACAGGACCCUGGGGCGACAGAGGAGGUUGCUUCCUCCUCCUCCUCCAUGUGCUCCGCCUCCUCCCCCUACUCCCCCUCUUGCUGUCUUGUUAUCUCAAGCGGUGAGGAAGAGGUUUCUAUGGUCUCACCAACCCCGGGUCCGCUCCAGGGCCCUGAGCGUGCCUGCCCCUCCCCCACUGCCUCUGCCUCCAUGCCAUCCACACAAUCCGAUGCUGGCUCUGACAGCCCAAUGGAGGAGGGUCUGAGCACUUCACAGGUCCCUCCAGAAGCAAGAUCCUUUCCCAGUAUCAUGAUUGACGACAAGACAGCGCAGCUGGUGGCUGUCCUGCUCCUCAAGUACCACACCACGGAGCCGACCACCACGAGGGCGGAGCUGCUGGAGGUGCUGGGCCUGGAUCACCAGGAGCAGUUCCCUGUGAUCUUCAGCUGUGUCUCCGAGUGCUUGCAGCUGGCCUUUGGCAUCGACGUGGAGGAAGGGGAUCCCAGCGACCACUCCUACAUCGUGGUCACAUUCCGGGGCCUCACCUACAGCGAGCAGCUGAGCUAUGAGCAGAGCCUGCCCAUGAGCAGCCUCCUGCUGUUUCUCCUGAGCAUAAUCUUCAUGAGGGGUGGCUCAGUCCCUGAGGGAAAGGUGUGGGAAAUGCUGGGUGUCAUGGGGAUAUUUCCCGGGAGGGAGCACGUCAUCUUCGGGGACCCCAUAGAGCUCAUCAUCAGGAUCUGGGUGCAGGAGCAGUACCUGGAGUACCAGCAGGUGCCCGACAGCAAUCCCGCUCGCUUCCACCUGCUCUGGGGCCGCAGGGCACACAUGGAGACCCACAGGGUGAAAGUCCUGGAGUUUAUGGCCAAGGUCAAAGAUUGCACCGCUAAUGCCUCUCUGACCUGCUAUGAGGAGGAUGUGAGAGAUCAGGAAGGGCCAGGCCAGGCUAGCAUUGCUGCCGCAGACGAUGCUGCUGCCAUGGCCAGUGCAAGUUCUAGUGGAACGUCCCCUGGCUUCUGCCCAGAGUGA